AGGGAGGGCGGUUGGAAAGCGGCGGUCGCUGGUGGUCCGCGCGCGCUCGUCUCGCGAGAUCCGCGUUGGCGCGCCGUGACCUCCAUGUGAGAGCAGCGGCGCCUGGUAAACAGUCCUCGGGGUUAGGACAUGGCUCCCACCGCCGCCGGCGCCCGUUAGUUCACACGGUGGGGAUCCUUCCUUGGCUGGUCCUCAGGGCAGCUCCUGACAGGGGCUUUGCCGCCAUUCUGAGUGUGGCUGCGGGAAGGAAGAAGAAAGGAAGGGGCUGCGAGGGCGGCUGGCAGGGGCGAGGAAGGAGGCAGCAGCGAGGAAGGCCGGCGGCCGGCAGUUGAGGAGGCUGGCGGUGACUCUCGGGGUCUGAGGGAAGGAGAUUCCCACCCCCUCACCCCACCCCCGCUGCCGCCCCCCGCUUCUCUCUCCGGUGCUCCGAGCCGGCGGGAAAAGCGCCUCCCCCCCCCCGACCGCCCCUCUUUCGUCCUCCUCCUCCUCUGGGUGCGCGCCAUGUGGAUCCAGGUGCGCACCAUUGACGGCGCGCAGACCCAGACCAUCGACGACCUCAGCCGCCUCACCAAGAUUGAGACCCUGCGCGAGAAGAUCCAGGAGAGCUUCCGCGUGAGCCCGGACAGGCAGCGCCUCUUCUACCGGGGCAAGCAGCUUGAAGAUGGACACACCUUAUUUGAUUAUAAUGUUGGACUGAAUGAUAUAGUUCAGCUUUUGAUACGCUCAGAAUCUGAUGCUCCUGCUUCUCCAUCAACAAAUGAAGAUGGAAAGCCCAGUUCCUGUGGAGUUGCGAACUGUAAGAACAAAGUCAAGCAAGGAGCAAGCAGUGGAUCAUCCACACAGCCAUCUACAUCAGCACGUUCGUUUCUUAUUGAUCCUGGCAUUGGACGAUACAAGAUAAAUGAACUUGUGGAUGCCCGAGAUGUUACUAUUGGAUCCUGGUUUGAAGCUCAUAUACAAAAUGUAACUCAAGCAACAAAAGGACAUAAAAAUGGAAAAGCUCAAGGAAAGAGUGGCAGUAAUUACAAAAGGACUAAUGGAAACUUAAACCAAGAUCACUCUAGAGAAAAUGCAAAUAAUUUGGACAAUGCACCUUCUACAUCUUACUCAGAUUAUAUGGACACUGAUGAAGAUACUGUUUAUCAUAUCAAGUAUGAUGAGUAUCCAGAGAGUGGCAUCGUAGAAAUGUCCGUCCGUAAUCUACGACCACGAGCAAGAACUAUUUUGAAGUGGAAUGAAUUAUGUGUGGGUGAUUUGGUGAUGGUUAACUACAAUGUAGAGAGUCCGGAAGAGAGGGGAUUCUGGUUUGAUGCAGAAAUAACCUCUCUGAGAGAGAUUUCAAGGACUAACAAAGAAGUUUAUGCCAAAAUUUUGCUGGGUGGUCCAGAAGAUGCCAUAAAUGAUUGCAAACUCCUUUUUAUAGAGGAAAUAUACAAGAUUGAAAAGCCAGGAGCAUAUCCGCUGACAUUUGCAGAUGGAGAGUUCAAAAGAAAGAGUGGUCCAGAAUGCAAGCAUUGCAGAGCGGACCCUGAUAAAGAAUGCCGAUUUUGCUCUUGUUAUUUGUGUGGGGGGAAACAGGAUGCCCACAUGCAACUUCUUUGUGAUGAGUGCAAUAUGGCCUACCAUUUAUACUGCCUGAACCCACCUUUAAGCAAGAUACCAGAAGAUGAAGACUGGUACUGUCCUUCCUGUAAAAAUGAUUCUAAUGAAGUUGUAAAAGCUGGGGAAAAGCUCAAGCAGAGUAAAAAGAAGGCAAAGAUGCCAUCUGCCUACACAGACAGCCAGCGAGAUUGGGGCAAGGGUAUGGCUUGUGUUGGUCGUACUAAGGAAUGCACUAUUGUUCCUUCUAACCACUAUGGACCCAUACCUGGAGUUCCUGUUGGAGCAACCUGGAAGUUUAGAGUUCAGGUGAGUGAAGCAGGUGUUCAUAGGCCUCAUGUUGGUGGAAUUCAUGGACGGAGUAACGAUGGAGCUUAUUCCCUUGUUCUGGCUGGAGGAUUUGAAGAUGAAGUAGAUCGAGGUGAUGAAUUUACUUACACUGGGAGUGGUGGAAGAGAUCUGUCCGGCAAUAAAAGGAUUGGAGAACAUUCAUUUGAUCAAACUUUGACACACAUGAACAGGGCACUGGCGCUAAAUUGUGAUGCCCCCCUGGAUGAUAAAAAUGGAGCAGAGUCUAAAAACUGGAGAGCUGGUAAGCCAGUCCGAGUGGUUCGCAGCUCAAAGGGUCGAAGGAUCAGCAAAUAUGCCCCUGAAGAAGGCAACAGAUAUGAUGGCAUUUAUAAAGUGGUGAAAUACUGGCCUGAAAUUGGAAAAUGUGGAUUCUUAGUUUGGCGCUAUCUUCUGAGAAGAGAUGAUGCUGAACCUGCCCCCUGGACUUCAGAAGGAAUGGAAAGGUCAAAGAAAUUGGGCUUGAGUUUACAGUACCCGGAAGGCUAUUUGGAAGCUAUGGCGAGUAAAGAAAAGAAGGAUAAAGUAAAAAAGCAACCUACGAAACAGGAGCCAACAGAACAGAGCAACGGAAAUCAGAAAAGACUGAUUGAUGAUGAAGGAAUUGAGGAACCUACAAACACGGCCAAAGUCAUGAGGAUGGAAGAUGGAGGGAAAGGAGACGGCGGCAAAGGAGAAGCUUUCCAGCUCACUCAGCAACAGCAGUGGUUGAUUCAGGAAGAUUCACCGAACCAGAAGCUGUGGGACGAAGUUCUUGCUUCUGUUAAGGAAGGACCAAACUUUUUGAAGAAUCUGGAACAAUCUUUUAUGUGUGUCUGCUGCCAGGAGCUGGUAUACCAACCGGUGACCACAGAGUGCCUCCACAAUGUCUGUAAAAGCUGUUUGCAGCGCUCCUUUAGAGCUGAAGUCUUCACCUGCCCUGCUUGCCGACACGACCUUGGAAAGGGUUACACCAUGGUUCCCAACAAAAUCCUGCAGACACUACUUGACCAGUUCUUCCCUGGUUACAGCAAAGGACGAUGA